GGGUUAAUGAUGGUAGUCGUUUCCUGGUCGGAGGCGAAGGGCGUGUUACAGUCAGGAGGAAGCUGUCAAGCUCCCGUUUAGAGUCGGCUCUCUCAGCUGCAGCACCUCAGCGGGGCGAAUGACAAGCGGAUACGGGACGAGAGCGCCGCUGCUCCGUCGCUCCUUUAACGUUGCGUAACGCGCGCGCUGCUGACAUGCAAACAGCCAGCUGAUAUUUCAUAGCUCGCGGCGGCCCGAUGGAGGGGACGAUUGCGGAUCUCAAAACGUCUUAGCGCCGCGGAUCGGACACGGAAGGGGUCGAGCCACAUCCAGACGAUUUUCUCCAGUCAUCCUCCGUGCAUCGAGAAGAACGGGUUUUUGGCGCAUAAAGGAGUAAACAGACAGGAUGGCAGGCCCUGAUUCCCCGCAGCAGCAGGUUGAAGAGAAAGCCGAGCAGAUAGAUGACGCCGAGCUGGCGUUUCAAGGCAUCAAUAUGCUGCUCAAUAAUGGCUUCAAAGAAAGCGACGAGCUCUUCAGGAGAUACCGGACCCACAGUCCACUGAUGAGCUUUGGCGCCAGUUUUGUCAGUUUCUUGAAUGCCAUGAUGACUUUCGAGGAGGAAAAAAUGCAGAUGGCCAGCGAUGACCUGAGAACCACCGAAAAGCUUUGCGAAAGCGACAACGCCGGCGUCAUCGAGACCAUCCGUAACAAAAUCAAAAAGAGCAUGGACUCGCAGAGAUCAGGGGUGGAGAUUGUGGAUCGUCUUCAGAGACAGAUCAUCGUGGCCGACUGCCAGGUUUAUCUCGCCGUGCUGUCCUUCGUCAAACAGGAACUCUCAGCGUACAUCAAAGGAGGCUGGAUCCUCCGCAAGGCUUGGAAAAUGUACAACAAAUGCUACAGUGACAUCAGCCAGCUACAGGAAGCCUGUCGCCGCCGCUCCUCCGACCAGCAGGGGGCGCUGGCCUCUGAUCAGGCCAACCACAACACCUCCUCCGAGAGCGGCGGCCGGGUGACGGAAGAGGUUCUGGACCGCCUGAAGGGUUCGGUCAGCUUCGGCUACGGCCUCUUCCACUUGUGCAUUUCUAUGGUGCCUCCGCACCUGCUCAAGAUCGUCAACCUGCUGGGCUUCCCCGGAGACCGUCACCAAGGCCUAGCCUCAUUAGCAUACGCCAGCGAGAGCAAGGAUAUGAAGGCGCCGCUCGCCACUUUGGCUCUUUUGUGGUACCACACCGUGGUGCAGCCCUUCUUCGCUCUGGACGGCUCGGACUCGCGUGCCGGGCUCCUGGAGGCCAAAGCCAUUCUGCAGAAGAAGGCCAUGGUUUACCCAAACUCCUCUCUUUUCAUCUUCUUCAAGGGACGGGUGCAGAGAUUAGAGUGCCAAAUCAACAGUGCACUGGCGUCAUUUCAGGAUGCUCUGGAGUUCGCCUCAGACCAAAGAGAGAUUCAACACGUGUGCCUCUAUGAAAUUGGCUGGUGCAGCAUGAUAGAGAUGAACUUUGAAGAUGCCUACAGGUCUUUUGAGCGUCUGAAGAAUGAGUCCCGAUGGUCACAGUGUUACUACGCUUACCUCACCGGAGUAUGUCAGGGGGCUUCUGGUGAUCUGGAGGGAGCCAAAGCUGUUUUCCGAGAUGUCCAGAAACUUUUCAAACGCAAGAACAAUCAGAUUGAGCAGUUUGCACUGAAAAGAGCAGAGAGGCUGAGGAAAGCCUCCCUCACGCGAGAGCUGUGCAUUCUGGGUGUUGUGGAGGUGCUGUACUUAUGGAAAGCUCUUCCGAACUGCUCUUCCUCCAAACUCCAGCUUAUGAACCAAGUGCUGCAGGGGCUGGAUGAGCAGUCGAGCCUGGGCCUCAAACACCUGCUGCUUGGUGCUAUUCAGAAAUGUCUUGGGAAUAUUAAAGAUGCCGUGCAGUCAUUUCAGGUGGCAGCGCAGGAUGAAUACGGCCGGCUGAGUAACAGCUAUGUGCAGCCCUAUUCCUGCUAUGAGCUGGGCUGUGUGUUACUGGCUAAACCUGAGACCCUGAGUAAAGGAAGAUCUCUGCUGCUUCAGGCCAAGGAGAACUACACCGGCUACGACUUCGAGAACCGGCUGCACGUCCGCAUCCAUUCGGCCCUCGCCUCCAUAAAGGAAGUGGUCCCUCACUGACCCGCCCGUCCCGCCUCAGAAGAGCUCCUGUCCAGCACUUUUUUCAAACGAAAGCCAUUUGAAGUAAUCCUGCUUUUCUGGAGGGAGAAACUGAGAGUCGGCGGACUUCAGGUGACAGAGGACUUGUUCGCCAAUAUUUUUCCGCCUAGUAUUGAAAAGGUUCACUCUUCAUGUAGCUGUUGGUCCCAGCGAUCUUAUCUAAUCUAAUUUUCACGUUCACGUUCACAUCCAGUUUGUGUGUUCAGGACUGAUCUAGAGAAGUAACUCUCACGGAGAAACACAGGUUAGAUCCUCUCCCAGAGCUUGCGCUAUCAUACCGAACACAUUAGCAUGGGAUAGAACUCUACAUAAAAAUUAAAUAUAUAUUGUGUAACCCUUUAUCUCAAAGAAAUAAUAGUAUCCAAACUUUACCUAUAACUACCUGUAUGUCAAAUCUAGAUUGUUUUGCGUCUGGUGUAGUGGCCGACCGAUAUGAGACCAAAAUGGCGAUGCUAUGAUUUCAAAAAUAAAUUCUAAUUAUUUUUGAGUCCAAUUUGCAUAAAAUGUGUUCUGUUAAUGAUACCGAACCUGAUGAUUUUGUGUGUGUGUGUGUGUAUAUAUAUAUAUAUAUAUAU